AUGCAGAACCACCACCACCACCCUCGAGCUCUUGUUCGCUUGGAUGAACCGUAUACACACAAGGCAGUCGUUCGUGCUUUACAACACAGCAGCCGACUCAACUGGGAUAUUAUACAAGACGUUGCCGACGACCAUGUCGAUGCCGCCAUGCCCAAUGUGUCGUUGCAAUGGCUCGAGUAUGAAAUGAUCAACUGGUCAUUGGCACAACAAGAGACGACCAUGGCCAAUGCUUAUUGUAUCCGCAAGGGUCUUAUUCGCAAAGCCCAAUUGUCGUACAAUAUGGCAAAGUACCUGUCAAAACAUCCUGACAGCAUCCUCAAGCAGGCGAUACCCGAGACAUGGCUCUUUGAGCUGGAUCACAUUGACUACCUGGAUGAGGCAUUGAAUGAAGUCUUUGAAGUGGAACGGGAUCUUAAGGAAAAUGAAGAAUCAGGCGAGAUUCGACACAUGUUUAUCAUCAAACCAAGCAUGGCCAACAAGGCAGCCGGCAUUCAUGUCUUUCAUACGUUGGAUCAAUUAUGCUCGAUCUUUGAAGAAGAAGAAAGUGAAAGUGAAGAAGAAGAAGACGAAUGCAAUGAUGAUGAUGAUAGUGGCUACGGCAAAGGCGUGAUUGAUUAUGAUGAUAGAGAGGAUUUGACACAAGUACGUGAAUGGGUGAUCCAACGCUAUAUUCACAAGCCAAUGCUGGUCAACAAUCGCAAAUUCCAUGUACGCGCUUACGUGCUUGCCGUCUCCAACAUCAAGGUGUACUUGUAUCGUGACAUGUUGGCGCUUUUUGCACUCAAGGAAUAUAAUCUCGACAAUGUCAGCGACUCACUCGCCCAUAUCACCAACACAUGCAUUCAAACAGAUCAUGCCGACUUUGAUGAAAGUACAUCGGUGCGCCUGUUUUGGGACUUGGUGGAAUCGGGUGUAGCCUUGUCAGAUCUCGAAUCCAUCUUUGAAAAGAUGCAACGUGUGCUUGCUGAUGUGUUUGAUGCCUGUGCCAGCGAAAUGACAACUUUCCAAGCUAUUCCCAAUGCAUUUGAAUUGUUUGGUGUGGAUUUCAUGGUGGAUCAAGAUAUGAAUGUUUACUUUUUGGAAGCGAAUGCGUUCCCUGAUUUCAAGCAAACGGGUUCCAAAUUGCAACAUGUUGUUCAAGAACUCUUUGAUGCUACUGUGACUACAGCGAUCGAUCCAUUUUUCGGUGAGGAAGAACCAAAAUCACAUCCCAAGCUCGUCAAGGUGCUUGAAAAGGAAUUGCUUUCAUUACAUUAG